CUCAAGCAUUUCCCUGGCCGGCGAUCAUCCCUAUAUAUAUGUAUAUAUCUUUAGCUUAACCUCAAAGUAUAGAUACAGAAGAUAUGGCUCAGGUUGCCGUUGGUCAUGUUGUGCCGUCCGCUUUCCUCGUAUUCUCCCUCUUGUUCUCAUCUUGUUUCCUAGCUUCAGGGGUCGGGGCUGACGAGGUCCAUGAAGUCUUUGGGAGGACCCUUGACCCGAAGCUGAUGGGCCUAAAGAAGGAGAAGCUCAGCCACUUCAGGUUCUACUGGCACGACAUUGUCAGUGGGAAGAAUCCAUCGUCCAUCGAGGUGAUCCACUCGCCUAUUGUCAAUAGCUCGUUGUUGCUGGGUUUCGGGCUGGUCCACAUGUUCGACAACCGCCUAACCAUAAGUGGUGAUAUCAACUCGAAGUUGGUGGGCCGGGCUCAGGGGUUCUAUGCCCAGGCGGACCUGGACGAGCUCGCCCUCCUCAUGACACAGAACUUUGUCUUCCUGGAGGGCAAGUACAACGGCAGCACCAUCACUGUGCUUGGUCGCAACUCAAUACUCAAUACCGUGAGGGAACUGCCUAUUGUCGGUGGCAGCGGCGCCUUCCGCUUCGCUCGUGGAUACGUACAGGCCCGGACCUACAACUUUGAUCUCAACACCCUCGAUGCCACCGUAGAGUACAACGUUUAUGUGUUGCAUUAUGAAUGAUGGCGUGACAUCAAUUCCUGCUUCUUUGCUUUCAAAAUCGAUAAUUUGCCCUCCGUUUCCCCUUCAUUUUUCUUUAGGAUAUUGUCAGAAAUAGUAUAUUAAUCGCUCCUGCAUAUUGCUCGAGCCUUUAGUUAAAGAAUUUAAAGGAAAUCUCAAUAAUAUUUAUGUGUUUACUCUGUUAUUAUUUG